AUGAAGAAGAAGAAGAAGCAUGCAUUAAUAUCCAAGAAACCUGCAGAAAAGAAGAAACCUGUGAUCAUUAAUGAAGACAUAGUAACAGAAAUCCUUCUGAGGCUGCCAACAAAAUCCAUCUUCAAGUUCAAGUGCAUCUCAAAAACAUGGCUCAAAAUCAUAACUGAUCCUUGGUUUGCCAAUGCUUACAAAUCCUUUAAUGCUGUUCUUCCAGUUUUUGCAGGUUGUUUCUGUGUAAGUCCCAAGAACCAUGAGUUAAUCUUUCAUCCUUUAAAGCACUGUCUGGAGUCACCAUCAAUGAACACUCUCCCUCUCAAUCUGCAAGACCUCUCCAUAUCUUCCAUACUUUCUUCAAAUGGACUCUUGCUCUUAUGCACAACCGAUGGCCGGAAAAUGGUGUGUAACCCGGUCACCGGGAGAAGAUUGAUGAUACCAAAAAUGAAAGAUAAUACUGAAUGGUACCAUGCAUUUGGCCUGAUACAUGAAAAAGAUAACCAUGUUAAAGUAGUAUUUGCUUAUAAGCUUGCCACAGAUGACAGCCAAACUGCAUUAUUUCUCUCAGACUUAAGCCUUGACAAUAAACCAGUGACAAGAAAGGAGUUAGAACCGGGGAAAGACUGGUUGGAGAUGCUCACCAAAUGGCAAUGCAGGACAAAGAACAUCGAAUUCAGGGUAUAUUGUAGCAAGAAGAAUGAAUGGAAUCAGAAGAGAUUGGUGAGCAAGUUUCCGUGCUAUGUGUGUUUCGACCCAGAUCAGAUGGCCGGUGUUCCGAUCGGAGAUAAUUUGUAUUGGAUAACAGUGGACGGAGAGGUGCUGGUUUAUAAUAACAUGAUCAAGAGUGAGGCAUCGAUGACGGAGUUGAUCGGUGCACCGGCGGCAAUCAAAACAUUGGAUGCAAUAACUAUAUAUUGCAGUGGCAAUGAAAUUCUUUUAUAUUGUGCAAGGGACGUGAUAAUGAAAAAUGUGGUGAUAAUAUGGGAGCUCAUGAGUGACCAGAAAUCAUGGGCAUUGCUCAGAUUUAGUGUCAGUGAGAACAAGUUCCAUCUGCUUCGUCAGGGAGUUGAUCAGCUGCGUUGCAUGUCCAAGUCAUCUAUAACAGGAACCACAUAA